UGCCUACUUAGAUAAGUCGACCAGCUAGUUACUAGCUACUCUCCAACUUCAACUCCAACUCCCAACUCCGCGACAGACACUACUAUUCAACCAUCUUACCAUCCCACCACAAGGCACAAUACCACACACCACACCAAUCAUUUAGCUCAGCUCCAACUCCCCCUCAGCUCAAAUCAACUCGACUCCACGCACAGAAUUACUCCAACCCUCCAACUCCAACCCCGCACGAACCAUCCAUCCUCCCUCCCUGACGAACUGACCGAACCGACCGAACCAACCGAACCAACUGAGCCUACCUACCUACCUACCUACCUACCUACCUACCUACCUACCUACUUCCCCCCCAACCAACCAAAAUCCCUAUACAACCUCCCUUCACCCCCAACCAAGAUCAAAAUGGGAAACCUCUGCUCCAAAUCCAAAAACCCCCCCGAAUCCGACGCCUUCUCCACCCCCGGCCGCGUCCUGGGCUCCGGCCCCAACCCCAACCCCAACUCCAACGCUCCUCGCCCGCCCCCAGCGCAGUCGUCCGCCCCGCGCGCGCCUCUCCCAUCGAAUACGAAAUUGAAUUCGGGACUUGGCUCUGGGACGGCGGGGAGGACGGUGGCGGACAGGGAUACAACAAGUACGGAUGGUGAUGUUGGUGGUGGUGGGAAGGUAGAUCCGCGGAUGAAUGCGGCGUUGGCGGCGCAGAAACGCGCAGAAUUAGCAUCGACGGCAACCAAGGGCAAACUAGGGAGCAAGUUAGCGGCGCAGAAGGCGCAGACGCAGACGCAGACGUUGAACGAGGCGAGUCGGGAUGAGAUUGCCGCUAGGGAUGCGGAUGGCGCCGCGCAGGCGAGGGCGUGGCAGUGAUUCUAUCUACAGAUGCUACAGAUGCUAUCUACCUGGCCUAUCUUUGGUUGGUUUGAGGGGCCAAUAUGGUGGUGGGUGGCUGGGCUCAACAUGGGCCCGCCCAUGGCAGGGAUGGAGUUUGGCGGUUAUAUCCUUUUACUUUUUGUGCACUUCAUUAUCAGCGGCCUUAAUACCCUAGCACUAUCUUUACAGGCGCUGCCAUGCAGGUUAGGGUGGAGAUAUGAUGCCGAUAUCGUACAGAAUAUAGGUAGUCUAGACCACGUUGUACCGUCCUCCCACGGGGGCCCUGGCGUCGCUGUCGGCCGCGGCAAUGGUGCCCUCCUUC